AUGGAUCCUCUCAAGUACUUGUUUGAGAAACCAGCUCUCACCGGGAGGAUGGCACGAUGGUUACUAAUGCUAGCAGAAUUCGAAUUAAGGUAUGUCACUAGGAAAUCCGUAAAAGGAAGAGUUGUUGUUGAAUUCCUGGUCGACUGCCCAAUCGAAGGAGGCGAAGAUGCCGAGUCUCAGUUUCCUGAUGAAGACAUAAUGACUCUAGCUGAGGAUGUUUGUAAGUUAUACUUCGAUGGCGCUGCAAAUCAGAAAGGGUUUGGAAUUGACGUGUUGUUAAUAGCACCCGACGGGUCUCACAUCCCGCUCGCCUUCAAGCUAAAUUUUGAGGUCACCAACAAUCAAGCGGAAUAUGAGGCUUGCAUUGUAGGUAUGGAAGCAGCAAUCGAAAUUGGUAUAGAGAAAUUGGAAGUGAUGGGAGAUUCCAACCUGGUAAUUUCACAAGCCAAUGGUGAUUGGAAAGUCAAAGAAGAAAAGCUAAAGCCAUACCAUCAAGAUCUUGAGGAUCUCAUCCCCCAUUUCAACAAGGUAACUUUAACUCAUGUGCCGAGACUCAAGAAUCAGUUUGCAGAUGCCUUGGCAACUUUGGCAUCCAUGGUUGAAAUCCCUCUCGGUGUGAAGUUGAGGCCGAUUGUGAUAGAACAAAGGGACACACAGGUAUACCAGCAUGUCAUGGUUGUUGACGAGCCUGAAGACGGUCACCCCUGGUAUUAUGACAUUCAGAGAUUUGUGGAAAGAGGAGAAUACUCCACUGAAGCAAGCAAGAAAAGCAAGAUCGCCCUCCAGAGGAUGGCAGCUUAA